AUGGGUUCAAAGGGCGAGCGUCUUGCCACUGGCACUCAGGCGUAUGCUAACGGCUUCAAAGCAGAGCUAGCUGCUCGCGAGCCAGAACGUCACGAUGUUGGCAAAACGGGCUCUCACAACCCACAAGACGCCAAGGAUGAGCGAAGCAUCGCCAAUCGACUCAGUGCGGCCAAUACGCAAAACGAUGACGGCGACGCUGGCCCCAAGCAACCUCCUACCAAGGCUGCCUUAGACGUGAGCAUCCUCUCGCACUGCUGCGCCGGUCGCUCACAGCGUAUGCAGCACGGCAACAAGCCGUCAAAGGGCGCCAUCAUUGAUGAGCAGAUCGAGGCCGAGGAGCAGGCCGAGCUCGCAAAGAAGGGUAUCAAGCCAUAG